GUUUCCCAGUGUCGACUCCGGCCGGGGUUCAGCGCUCGAGGUUGGAGGUUGUGGCGUCGGAAGACUUGAGGCUAUUCGAGCUCCAACCAGGAUGAUCGAGGUUGUUUGCAACGACCGCCUGGGGAAGAAAGUCCGCGUUAAAUGCAACACCGAUGACACCAUCGGGGACCUUAAGAAGCUCAUCGCAGCCCAAACUGGCACCCGUUGGAACAAGAUUGUCCUUAAGAAGUGGUACACGAUUUUUAAGGACCACGUGUCUCUGGGGGACUAUGAAAUCCACGAUGGGAUGAACUUGGAACUUUAUUACCAAUAGAGCAGAAUUCCUUCCCCCUGCCUUACCCUCCUCUCCCAGCCUCACCCUCCCACACUGGUAAUGGAUGCUUGUUUUUAAAAAUUCAUGUUAAUAAAAACUUAGAUGCUA